AUGUUCACGAGGAGAACGGGCGUGGUGAGGGAGACUUUCUGUCUUCGACCGCCGAGGAGUAAACUGGGACAAGCUGGCUUCAAGAACAUGACCCUUCUCAACUUUGUGCAAAAUCUUCGCGAUCGAGAUAUGGUUUUGGAUUACAAGUUUGUCACUUUACUAGCUCAAUUUCGGAUCGUCGUGAACGAUGGAGCGAUAGCGAUGCUCGCAGCGGGAGUGGCACCCCGUUUCCUCCAUCAAUCCGUGUGUACCCGCUUCCUCGUCGGUUCACAAUGCAUGGUCGAGUUCGUGGCCACUGAUUAUAUUGCAAACUCAUUGCUGUAUCAGCGCUUACAAAGCAAAAGCUCCACUUAUCUUGUCGAAAAGCGUGCUCGCUCUCCGUCUUCUACGUGGAGCGAUCAACAUGUAUGCGGACCCUCGAAUGCCACUCAACAGAAACAA